AUGCACUGUCUGUUUGGUGAUCUUGAAGGUGCUGUCCUAUUAGACCAAAUCUUCAAGACUGUCAUUCGAUCAGAACUGUCCCGGCCGAUUCAAGAGUCUACCUGUGAAGCUUACAAGGCAAGGAUCUACAAGGAGGGACUCAGCCAAUUAGCCAGCGGUGAGGCAGUGUUCAAGUGGCUUUCGCCAGAGCGUGGGUUUCCAGUUAGUGCUGGAACCUUUAAUCACCGUGCAGAAGCGCUUUACAGAGCCUGUGCUGAGCAGCCUGACCAUCCAUUGGUGUCUAAUGCAGUGUCCAAGGGCCUCAAGCGAGUCAAGAUGAUGAAUUUUGACGAUGCACCAACAAGUUUGUAUGAUUUGGCUAGGAGGUUUGAGGCUAUGGGCCAUGGGCCAUGGGUUUUCAGGCUGUCCAGCUUUGUGGCACUCAUGUUUGACGUCAGGAAUGAAUUUUCAUCCUGGAGCCGUUCCAACGUGGACUUUCUCGAGAAUAAGAUGGAGCCUGCACACGUUUUGCCUUUGAUGCACACCAUCGUUCUGAAUUUGGAGAAUGAGAUGAAGAAAUGGUAUCCAAAGGAGAAUGUUGCGCGGGUAAUCUUUGAGGCUCUGAACUUGCCUAUGGGCACGUCUGCAGCGUUCAAGAAGUUGCUUGAUGACAAGGAUGCGAACCACGAUCAGGUUUCGACUACAACAAUGUCCAAGGUUUCCGGAGGUCUGGCAAACUUUGACAAAAAGCAAAUGGAGCAGGGGGUCUCAGCGGAGCUUAGCAAUUGCAUUGGUGUUCAGUUUGAACCACAAGCCGGACAAGCAAGUGAGAAUCUGGGCAUCGGCGAGGGCAUGGAGGAAACAGGCUGUGUUCAGCGGGUGACUGCCACCAUGAAUGUCACUGCGCAGUAUGAUGCCAUUGUCAGGCCUUUACAAGAGUUUGUGAAGGGAAAGUUGCAUUUGCCCUUGAUGCUGCAUCCAGCAACCCAAGUGACCCUCACGGAAUUCUCGAGCUUGGCAUCUUCUGAGAACGCCAGCGCUGCCACAGCGAUCAGAACGCUGACAGACGCAUUUGCCUUUGUCCAGAGCAAGCUUGAGGAGCAUUUUCCUUUUGCAUGGGUUAUGUUUGCGUCGGAUGUCAGCGAAGUUUUGAUCUAUCGAGGGCAUUUCAUUGAGGGAAGCGAUCAGGUGUUCCAGAACAAGAGGGACUGUGUGGAUGAUGUCACUUCCCUUCGCCUGCGCUACUUGAUGUUGAUCCUGAAGGAAAUCGUGACCAAAGUUCAAAACGUAAGUCCAGCAGCAAAGAACAUCAUUGCACAGCUGGGUGGUUUGGAUGUCAAAUCAACUGACUUUAUCUGCCUAUGCACAUGUGAUCUGCUGAUGUCAUCUUCAGACUGGGCAAGCACGUGGUCUUUCAUGCUGAGGGAAAGUCAGAGCUUCGAGCACAUGUGUGACUCGAUGUUGGAGAAGUUUGGGUUGAGCAGGGACGCCAUUUUGAAGACCAGCAAGGAGACCUCUUCAGCGAAGACAGCCACAGCCGCUGCAGCUGCCACUGUUUCACGCAUACACACCGAAUCAGCGGUCAACCCGAAACCUGCUACUGCUGAUGGUGGUGAUGCCAGUGGCGCAGAUAUUGAUGGCCUGAAGACCAAUGCUGAUGGGGAUGAUCGGGCCGCAAACGCAGCCGCAGCCGCAGCCCACAAAGCUAGCAUCAGUUCGUUCAGUGGGACUGAGCUGACAGCUGUGCCGCUUUCGAUGGUCAAUUGCUUUGCCGAUGAACAGGCAGACAGUGGCAAAACAUUUUUGGCAGCCUCACAUGAAGCGAGCAUUCUUGGUUUGGAGAAGGCAUCCUUUUCAGCAGGUUUUCUGAAGAUGCUACAAUCAAAGCUUGAAGCUGCUUUGUGGUCCAUGCAUCUCUCAUUGGACACGCAUGAGGGCAAAGAGAUUGUGGUGAACCUGGCAAGCAAGCGCAUGGAAACCUAUGUCAAGUACCCCAUUGACAGCAAGCUGGUGUUGCCGUACAUUGGAAAAGUGACCCAAGUCAAGACAUCUACCAGCCUGCCAUUCGUCACAUUGUUUGGUGUGAACUUCUACAUUGAUGAAAUGAAAAAUGCAGAUGUGCUUCUGCCUGCCUGGACAUGCAAAACAGUCACACGCGCUGACAUUGCCUACUUCAAGCUGGAGAAAAGCUUCUACAGGCUCGCUCUGAUCACAGACCCGUCCUCAUCUACCCUGCACGAUUUGGAAGUGCACCUUUCCCCUGAUGGAAGAGAAUGUCCAGAAGCCUUUGGAGAGCACGCUGCGUGGAUGCCAUCUUGGGCGCAAAGCAAGCGGACAUUUACUGUUUACUCAGAAAUCUCAUCUUUGGUUCCACUGGCAGAUGCGGAAUCCAAGGUGCAGAGAGAACUGGAGCUGCAACGUCAGAGGGCAGAAAAAUCUGCACGUUCCCAGAUUGACGCCUUCUUGAAAAAGUCAAGGGAGUCAACAAAUGAAGCAGGGACAACCAAGCCUGGCAAGAAAAAGACUGGAGGAGGAAGGGGAAAGGCUGGGUCAGGCUCAGCAGCAGCCACCUCGAUUGAAGGAUUGGCAGAGAGUCUUCUCGGAGACGGGUUGCCAGAAGAGAGGGAAGCUCGAAUCAAAGCGUUGGAGUCCAUUGUUGAGACCAGUGGGAAGCUGGAGAGCAUCGUCACUGGAGUCAAGGAGAAGAUCACCACACCAACGAAGGUGGGAAUUACCAAGAUGGCAUCAGAUGAGGCACGUGUCUCUGCCUCUGCACGAACAAAGGCCAUGAAGGAGCUACUUGCAGCAGCAAAGGCGUCUGAAGGUGGUGGCAGUCGCAAGGGCAUUGAAGACACUGGUGCAGAUGCACUUUCUGCUGCUGCUGUUGGACUGGCAGCGGCAAAAGCCGUGGCAGAGAAGGAAUCUAGCGGAAGCGCACAGAAGAAGGACAAGAGCAAGGGCAACAAGCAAACCUCUUGUGACCUCGUCAAAGCUGGCAAGCAUUUGCUCAAGUGA